AUGUGGGGAAAGCGCAGAGCUGUCAUUUCAUGUCAAGAGAUCAUUGCCGGAAUUGUCCAAGCUGUCGUAAGUAUGACAACGACCCAAAAAAUCGCCUUGCUAUUUCGUCAGCCACGCACGACUGGUGAACCUGAUAGUUGGAGCGUUGAAUAUGCAAAAUGGAUCUCACUGCUCUUGAAGGAAGGCUUUGUUGCGUCGGAGGAAGGUUUGGAGAUUCGCACAUUUGUAUAUGCUCAAAACCCGAAGGUGUUUUCCGUUUGCAUGGAGUGGAGGCGUAAAUAA